GUUCAGACAAACCAUUCGACUGCAUAUAUCUGGUGGGGUGUUUGGGGGCAGAGAUUUAGUGUAUAGAUUUUAAGAAGUGAGUCCAUGAAAUGACAGAAUCGUAUAGACCUUCAGAUGUCGUAUCCUCGAUGGGGCAGAUGGCGGGUGAUAAUUACAGCGAUAUGCCGUUGCAUUUGGAGGUCUUGUCCCGUCAGAUACCGUCGCAGGCUCCUGGUUCGCCCCGUAGUUAAAACACGGCGAAUUCCCCUCGCUACACCCGUGUGGCUGGCAUGUAAUAUGUAUUGUGCUGGCCAGCCUGCUAGCAUGCUUGAUAUGAAUAGGAAAUCAAUGAGGGAUGGUGUGUUGUGUUAGCCAAUGCAUCCCAUCCCUACGAACCAGUCGCCCACGCCCCUUAACUCCGGAUAUGCUGAAUAGACGACCUGAUAUGAACCCA